CGGAGAGCCUUCCGCCCGGGCGUCGGGAGCCGUCGACCACAGACCACGGCCCACUUGACCGCUCCGAGCCCUCCGGCCGACUCCGCCGACCUGGAAUCUGGGACCUCGCUGCUGCGCCCCGCCCAGCCGCCAGGUAUUCCCACACCCACGGAGAGAAUUCAGCCGCCGCCCUGCCCGGGAGGAGCUCACAGUCUAGCAGUUAACGCAGAUGUGUCGGGCCCAGUGAGAGGCAUUAUAGCAACACAACAGCCCUCUGUCCAACACACAGGCACUGACCUUGUGGGACCACUGUACUUUGUGUUAUUUCAGUCACUACCCAGAGUUGAUGAUAGUCUAUGGCAUUAUUUGCUUAUGAUAGCAGUUAGCCUUUAUGCUGGACUUGGGACUAAGCCCUCCAUAAGGUGCCCGUGGUCCCCAUGGCUUCAUGUGGAAAGCAGAACGUGUAUACAGUGUAGACUGGGCUCUCUUGGAGGCCAUUGCACCAGGCGCUGAUUGAGUGGAACACUGUUUGCCUUCCACCUCUGCCCCUAGGUCCUCCUGUGCUAGCCAUGCCUGUGCCCACUGAGGGUACCCCACCGCCUCUGAGUGGCACCCCUGUCCCAGUCCCAGCCUACUUCCGCCAUGCAGAGCCUGGCUUCUCCCUCAAGAGGCCUGGGGGUCUCAGUCGGAGCCUGCCACCCCGGCCCCCUGCCAAGGGCAGCAUCCCAAUUAGUCGUCUCUUUCCUCCUCGGACCCCGGGUUGGCACCAGCUCCAGCCCCGGAGGGUAUCAUUCCGAAAUGAGGCUUCAGAGACCCUGCAUAGCCCCGGGUAUGACCCGAGCCGGCCAGAAUCCUUUUUCCAGCAGAACUUCCAGAGGCUCAGCCGUCUGGGCCAUGGCUCCUAUGGAGAGGUCUUCAAGGUGCGCUCCAAGGAAGAUGGUUGUCUCUAUGCAGUCAAACGCUCUAUGUCACCAUUCCGGGGUCCCAAGGACCGGGCCCGCAAGCUGGCUGAGGUAGGCGGCCACGAGAAGGUGGGGCAGCACCCGCGCUGCGUGCGGCUGGAGCGGGCCUGGGAGGAGGGCGGCAUCCUGUACCUGCAGACGGAGUUGUGUGGGCCCAGCCUUCAGCAGCACUGUGAAGCCUGGGGCGCCAGCCUGCCCGAGGCCCAGGUCUGGGGCUAUCUUCGAGACACCCUGCUUGCUCUGGCCCACCUGCAUGGACAAGGACUGGUUCAUCUUGACGUCAAGCCUGCCAACAUCUUCCUGGGACCCCGGGGCCGCUGUAAGCUGGGUGACUUUGGCCUGCUGGUGGAGCUGGGGGCCACUGGAGCCAGUGAGGCCCAGGAGGGAGACCCCCGCUACAUGGCCCCCGAGCUGCUGCAGGGCUCCUAUGGGACAGCGGCAGAUGUGUUCAGUCUGGGUCUCACCAUCCUUGAAGUGGCCUGCAACAUGGAACUGCCCCAUGGUGGGGAGGGCUGGCAGCAGCUGCGCCAGGGCUACCUGCCUCCUGAGUUUACUGCUGGUCUGUCUGCUGAGCUGCGUUCUGUCCUUGUCAUGAUGCUGGAGCCUGACCCCCAGCUGCGGGCCACGGCCGAGUCCCUGCUGGCCCUGCCCAUGCUGAGGCAGCCAAGGCCUUGGAGCGUCCUGUGGUGCAUGGCUGCUGAAGCCCUGAGUCGAGGCUGGGCUCUGUGGCAGGCUCUGCUCACCCUGCUGUGCUGGCUUUGGCACAGCCUAGCUCACCCUGCCAGCUGGCUGCAGCCCCCAGGUCCGCCAGCCACCCCACCUGGGUCGCCACCCUGCAGCCUUCUCCUGGAUAGCAGCCUCUCCAGCAGCUGGGAUGACGACAGCAUAGGGCCCUCGCUCUCCCCAGAGGCCAUUCUGGCCCGUGCUGCCAGGAAUACUUCCACCCCCCGGGGCAGGUACACGCCAAGGGAUGCCCUAGACCUAAGUGACAUGGACUCAGAGCUCCCUCAUAGUUCCUGUCCCUCCUUUGAGCCUCGGAACCUCCUCAGCCUGUUUGAGGACUCACUGGACCCAGCCUGAGCUGCAGGCCCAGCCUCUGUACUUUUAACCUCUUAUUCCUUUCCUGCCCCUUCCCCUGGAAAGCUGGGUUCCUCUGGGAUCUACUGUGUCUAAUAAAAUGUAUUUGAAUCUUGGGAGCACCCAAGCUUGGUGCCACUA